GUCCCUUCGUCUUUUGUCUGGUUUCACUGAGUAGCGGUCCUUUCGAAGCUCCCUUCUUUGAUCAGAAGCAUCAGCAUAGAGAGAAAGAAACCAAAUCCCAAUACCAAAAUUUCACUUUCAAUUCACUGAUUUCAGAAACUUCAUCACCCUUUUUCUCACUUUCACUACGUAGCAAAAUAUGCAGGCUUCAACUUUUGCCUUCAAAGGAGCCAUCUUGGGGUUUCAGAAGCAAAAGGGUUUGGUGGGUAUUGGUGAGUUCAGAAAUGGGAGUGUUCUUAGACCCAAAAGAGCUUGCAUGACCAAGAAUAAUAAUCUAUGUGGCUCACGGCUUGGUUGUGUCAGCAUGGAAACUGAGCUAACUAGUUCAAGAGUUGCUUCUAGUGGCGUUUUUAGGUCCUCCGCUAAGCCCAGAUCAGUCAGGGUUCACGCUUCCGCUGGAGAUAUUGAGGAUGUUGUCCCCGCUGUCCCUCAGGGAAAAUCUUCUGGAACAGUUCUUCCCUAUGUUGGUGUUGCGUGCCUCGGAGCCAUUUUAUUUGGCUACCAUCUUGGGGUGGUGAAUGGUGCUCUUGAAUACCUUGCUAAGGAUCUUGGAAUCACUGAAAAUACUGUUCUACAAGGUUGGAUUGUCAGCACACUACUUGCUGGUGCUACUGUUGGUUCAUUUACUGGUGGAACAUUGGCUGACAAAUUUGGCAGAACUAGGACAUUUCAGUUAGACGCAAUCCCUCUAGCGAUUGGAGCAUUUCUUUGUGCUACAGCCACGAGUGUUCAGACAAUGAUCAUUGGUCGAUUGCUUGCUGGUAUUGGAAUUGGUGUUACAUCUGCUAUAGUACCACUUUACAUAUCUGAGAUUUCACCAACUGAAAUUCGCGGUGCGCUUGGAUCUGUUAAUCAACUUUUCAUUUGUAUUGGGAUUCUUGUAGCACUGGUAGCUGGGCUGCCUCUAGCUGGAAACCCUACAUGGUGGAGGACAAUGUUUGGUGUUUCUCUAGUUCCAUCUAUACUAUUAGCACUAGGGAUGGCAAUUUCUCCCGAAAGUCCCCGCUGGCUUUUUCAGGAAGGAAGAAUCUCAGAAGCUGAAAAAGCUAUCAAAACACUAUAUGGUAGUGAAAGAGUUUCUGCAGUUAUGCAUGACUUCAGAACAGCAACUCAAGGCUCUUCUGAACCUGAAGCAGGGUGGUUUGAUUUGUUUAGCACCCGAUACUGGAAAGUUGUCAGUGUUGGGGCAGCGCUUUUCUUGUUCCAGCAGUUGGCUGGAAUAAAUGCCGUGGUGUAUUAUUCAACCUCUGUGUUCCGUAGUGCUGGAAUCGCUUCUGACGUUGCAGCAAGUGCCUUGGUUGGUGCUUCAAAUGUUUUCGGAACUGCUGUUGCUUCCUCCUUGAUGGAUAGACAAGGAAGAAAAAGUCUCCUUAUCACAAGCUUCAGUGGAAUGGCUGCUUCUAUGUUGCUUCUUUCUCUGUCUUUUACUUGGAAAGUCCUUACACCAUAUUCUGGCACCCUUGCUGUUCUUGGAACUGUUCUCUAUGUCCUAUCCUUCUCUCUUGGUGCUGGUCCUGUGCCGGCUCUUCUUCUACCAGAGAUAUUUGCUUCUAGAAUUAGAGCAAAAGCAGUUUCUUUGUCAUUAGGCAUGCAUUGGAUCUCAAACUUUGUCAUCGGGCUCUAUUUCUUGAGCGUUGUAAACAAGUUUGGUAUUAGCUCCGUGUACUUGGGGUUCUCAGCCGUCUGUGUUCUUGCUGUUCUGUACAUAGCUGGUAAUGUUGUGGAAACGAAGGGUCGGUCAUUGGAGGAAAUAGAACAUGCUCUUAGUUCUUCUUCAGCUUGAAAAAAACUUGUAGAAAUUGCAUUGGUCAUAAUUUCAGUGCUGCUCAUAGAACUGGUUUGCCUUUGUAUGUACACUUGCUACUUACUCUCUAGGGUGAACAUUUGUCUGGCAAGAGUGGUAAACCAUGGUAAGUUUGUAACCAAAUUUUGCUAGUUUGCAAAUAUGGGAAUAAUAAUGUGUGAGAAGCAUCUUUUCGAA